AGACAGACGGACCCAACCCCAACCCCAACCAGCUAGCGCAACAAAUAGAGCGAAACACCAGGAAAACUAAGCCAAGCUGUUCCCGUUCCGUUCCGCUCCUCCCUCUAAACGCCCACCGCCGCGCAAUCCGCCUCCCUCCCCGCGCCUCCGCCCGUCCUCUUCCCAGCCGCAUGGCGGCCACCCCGCCGUCGUCGCGGGACGCGUCGCCGCAGCCCCGCCGGCCGGCCUCCUCCGCGGGCCGUCCCGCCGCAGCCGCGGGCCGGCCCAGCGGCACCGGCGCCGUUGCCGGCAAUGGCAAGCGCGGCGGCCUCCUGCUCGGCCGCUACGAGCUGGGACGCAUCCUCGGCCACGGCACCUUCGCCAAGGUCUACCACGCGCGCCACGCCGACACGGGCGAGACGGUCGCCAUCAAGGUGCUCGACAAGGAGAAGGCCCUGCGCGCGGGCCUCGUCCCGCACAUCAAGCGCGAGAUCACCAUCCUCCGCCGCGUCCGCCACCCCAACAUCGUGCGCCUCUUCGAGGUCAUGGCCACCAAGUCCAAGAUCUACUUCGUCAUGGAGUUCGUCCGCGGCGGCGAGCUCUUUGCGCGAGUCGCCAAGGGCCGCCUCAAGGAGGACACGGCGCGCCGAUACUUCCAGCAGCUCAUCUCCGCCGUCGGCUUCUGCCACGCGCGCGGCGUCUUCCACCGCGACCUCAAGCCCGAGAACCUCCUCGUCGACGAGCACGGGGACCUCAAGGUCUCCGACUUCGGCCUCUCCGCCGUCGCCGACCAGUUCCACCCCGACGGCCUCCUCCACACCUUCUGCGGCACGCCCUCCUACGUCGCGCCGGAGAUGCUCGCGCGACGCGGAUACGACGGCGCCAAGGCCGACAUAUGGUCCUGCGGCGUCAUUCUCUUCGUCCUCAUGGCCGGCUACCUCCCUUUCCAUGACCAGAACCUCAUGGCCAUGUACCGCAAGAUUUACAGAGGGGAAUUCCGCUGCCCGAGGUGGUUCUCCAAAGAUCUCACCAGCCUAUUGAAUCGGCUUCUCGACACCAACCCGGAGACGAGGAUCACCAUGGCCGAAGUCAUGCAAAGCAGGUGGUUUCAGAAGGGAUUUCGGCCCGUCAGGUUCUAUGUUGAAGACGAUCAGCUGCACAGCUUAGCAGACGGUGAGAGUGAGGAGCUGGGGCUCGUCGAACCUGCCGAGCCGCCGCCUCCUCCUCCUCUUCCGCCGCCGCUGCCACCACCACCGCAGCAAGAGGAUGAUGACUCAGGGUGGGAGUCGGAUUCCUCCGUCGCAUCCUGCCCGGCCACACUGUCGUCCGAGGAGCGGCAGAGGCCUGCCGGGCGUCUCACACGGCCAGCAAGCCUCAACGCUUUCGAUAUCAUAUCCUUCUCCAAGGGAUUUGAUCUAUCAGGGCUGUUCGAGGAGCGAGGGAGCGAAGUGAGAUUCAUCUCAGCAGAGCCCAUGGAAACCAUUGUUACAAAAUUGGAGGAGAUUGCCAAGAUGAAGAGCUUCUCCAUUCGGCGCAAGGACUGGCGUGUAAGCAUAGAAGGCACCAGGGAAGGGGAGAAGGGGCCAUUGACAAUUGGGGCUGAGAUAUUCGAGCUUACACCAAGCCUCUUGGUGUUGGAGGUGAAGAAGAAGGCAGGGGAUAAGGCAGAGUAUGAUGACUUCUGCAACAAGGAGUUGAAACCUGGGAUGGAGCCUCUCGUGCACCACCAACCGGGCUCGGCUCGAAAUGUACCUUCUGAUACUGAGAAAAUGCUGGGUUGCGUCGGCCGGUUGCUCUUCAGCCCGCUGUUGAUGGGCCUGCCGUUUGCCGGGGCAUCUGUCGGCCCGUGCAGCAGCGACCUGGCCCAGCGUUGGCGUCAGGAAGGAACAGGCCAGGACGCGGGGUGUGGUGCCUGGACCGCACCGGUGGAGGACGGCACGCACGUCCGACUCCAGCCAGUCGUGCGCGCAUUCGGGAGCAGUGCGCGAUGGAUACUCGCCCGCGUGGACCGAGGGCGACAUCGCUCGGCGCGGACACGAGGGGAGGGGGGCGUCGCCGUCGGCACGGUGGUUGGUUGGCCGGAGCGGAGGACGCGUCCGCCGGCGACACGGCGUCACGGCCACUCUACUCCACAGGCCGCGCCUUGUCCCUGCCGGGAGGAGUGGGCCGACGCCGACGUCGACGUCGACGUCCAGUCCACUCUCACGCACGGUCGCACCUCAUCGCCUUUCUAUCCCGCGGCCGACGGCGACGUCCACCCCGGACGGACCCAGCCUCCCAAGAAAGCUUCAAACAAAAACAAACCGUCAAAUAGCGAGUGCACGGGCAGCAUCGAUGCGUGGGACCCACCUGCCAUGGCACAGGAAGCGUGUGGUGAAAAGAUCCGCGACCCCGCUUAUUUAUCCGUGACACCCCCCGACUUUCCGCUUUUAUUCGCCUUUUUUCCCUGCUCGCUGCGCUGCGCUGCUGGUCGUCUCCCUCCCUCCGAUCCCCUUUAUCCGCCCCCGUGCCCCCCACCCCUCCCCAUCUCUCGCCUCGGAAGCUUCCACGAGCUCUCGGGGAGAGAGAUCACAGCCCCGCCCGCCCCUCCAUCCACCAUGGCCCUGUGGCGGCGCAGCUCGUCCUGGCUCACGUCCUGCUCGCGCGCGCCGGCCGGCAUCGUCGGCGGGAACGAGGCCAAGGUCUCGCCCGAGGUCGCCCCGGAGGACGCCCCCGACCGCCGCCAGGAAGAGGAGGGGGAGGCCGACGAGGAGAGGUGGUCCCGCCUGCUGCCGGAGCUGCUCACCGACAUCGUCCGCCGCGUCGACGCCGGCGCCGAGCGCUGGCCCCCGCGCCGCGACGUCGUCGCCUGCGCCUGCGCCUGCCGCCGCUGGCGCGACGCCGCCGUCUCCGUCGUCCGCCCGCCGCUCGAGUGCGGCAGGAUCACCUUCCCUUCCUCGCUCAAGCAGCCUGGACCGAGGGAUGCGCCGAUGCACUGCUUCAUCAGGAGGAACAAAAGCACGUCCACCUUUUAUCUUUAUCUCAGCUUAACACAGGCCCUAACAGAUAAAGGGAAGUUUUUACUGUCUGCUCGACGAUUCAGACACGGGGCACACACUGAAUAUAUCAUCUCGUAUGACUCCGAUGAUCUAUAUCCAGGAAGUAAUUCAGGCGUUGGAAAGCUGAGAUCGGACUUCCUGGGGACAAAGUUCAUCAUGUACGACAAUCAGAAACCAUACGACGGUGCCAAGUCCUUGAAGAGCCGAUCAAGUCGUCGCUUUGCAACUAAACAAAUCAGCCCAAACGAUUCAGGCAGUAAUCUUGAAGUUGGACAAGUGUCAUACAGGUUCAACUUCCUCAAAUCAAGAGGGCCGAGAAGAAUGCACUGCAGUAUCCAGUGCCCUGUAGAUCAGGGCAGUGCAUCCGACCCAUCCAAGGAGACGCCACAGAGCACCUCAAGUUCCUUGUCUUUAAAGAACAAAGCGCCUCGGUGGCAUGAUCAUCUGCAGUGCUGGUGCUUGAAUUUCCACGGCCGGGUGACCGUCGCCUCGGUGAAGAACUUCCAGCUCGUCGCCCCAGCUGGCACCAGUGAUCCAUGGGGCGUCGGUGACGAGGAGACGGUGAUCCUCCAGUUUGGUAAGAUCGAGGACGACGCGUUCACGAUGGACUUCCGGUAUCCCCUGUCGGCCUACCAGGCGUUCGCCAUUUGCCUCACCAGCUUUGGCACGAAGCUGGCUUGUGAAUAAGUGCAACUCUGUUGAUGUAUCAUGCAUUGUGUGUGUGGCGGAUAGCCUCAACUCUCUUAUGCUCUGUUAAUCCGGGAGGAAGGGGUGAGCGCACUGAUACAUGGUCUGUACUCGCAGCAGUCUCUGAUGCCCUCUUUCUUGUCUGAUGAUGGAUGUGGAUUUGACAUUAUGGUGAUGAUUGUUGUUUGUAAAUGGCAGUCCAUUUCUUUCUUUCA